AUGGGAUGCAGGUCAAACAAGUGGAGGCUCAGCUCUGGUGGAAUCCUGUCUGCAUUAGUUCUUGUUGUUCUGUUUUUGGUUCAAAAAUUUGGAAUUACAAGAGUGAGCUUUUUCUUCUCACCUAUCAUGGGUGCAUGGACAUUGACUACUCCUCUUAUUGGAAUUUACAAUAUCAUAUAUCAUUACCCUUCUAUUUUCAAGGCAAUAUCACCACAUUACAUCUAUCAAUUCUUCUCAAGGAAUGCCCAUGAGGGAUGGUUGUUGAUUAAUGGUAUGGUCCUUUGCAUAACAGGUAAAAGGGCCCUAAAGCAACUAUACCGAUUGGAUGCUGGAAAUCCGGACUCUCACCGAUGCUUGAUAAGAUUCUUCCAUAAAAUGGCAUCGAGGCUAGCUCCUGUCACUGGUGGUAAAAAACUGAUUUCCGUUGUCCUUGAAGCAAAGCGACCUACUAUCAGUCAGUUGCAUGACAAAUCUCGGAUGGAGGCAAACAUUGUUUUCCUCGAACAACAUAAAGGAGAUAACAGUCUUACUUUACCAUUAAUGUUAUAA